AUGGCUUUCGCGUUUGGAGAUUCUUACUUGAAGCUUCCACCAAUAAGCCAAGAAGGUUCCGUUGAAAUCGACGGCGAAGACUCCAAGAGAAAUUUGGGGAUCGUCCGCGAUAAACAUGGCCUUGUGCGACUUCCUCCUAUCGUGCGAUUGGAUUCACUUCGCUCCACAUCAACCGCUCAAAGGUUUCGGAACGAAACGUCAACCGCAGCUUCAAGCGAAAAGACCGAAGUUGCGAUGUCAAGAUCACCAAUGAAAAUAACAGACAAAAUGGGGGGCUUGAGACUCCAAGGACGUUCGAAAAACUAA